AUGUCCAAGCUCCUCGAUCUCAUCACCCUGGUGGACAACGUCCCGCUUGACUUUGCCACCAACCACUACCCAUACUACCGUCUAUUCCUGUCGCCCUCCGACCCCCGCCCACACGGCUACAUCCACCCGACCACCUUGUCGCGGAUGGCAUGGCCGUCCGACGGCGGCGGGGUGACGGUGUCCGAGACGGACCGCACCGUCACGCUGGCCGAGCCACCUCCCGGCGUCUCGGCAGCGGAGCACAUCAACUCCACCCUGCAGCACGUGGUGGACGACGCCAUCGCCAACGACACGUUUCCCAUACUGAACGGGAUGCACAGCGAACCCUUCCGCCUCCCCGGGGCUCGCGUCCGGCCCGACGGCGGCGGCGGUGGUGAUGAGAGCCCGCCGGCCCAGGUCGAGCGCUUCGCCGGGUCGCUGUUCGGCAUAGCCACCAGGGGCGCGCACAUGACCUGCUAUACCAGGCGCGGGGAUGGGGACCGGGCGGAGCUCAAGGUCUGGGUGGCCCGUCGGAGCCGCAGCCUGUUCGCCCACCCGGGCAAGCUGGACAGCACGGUGGCCGGGGGCGUCAAGGCCGCCGACUCGCCGUGGGACUGCAUCCUGGCGGAGUCGUUGGAGGAGGUCUCCCUGCGGCCCGAGGCCGUCCGCGAGGCCGCCAGGCCCGCCGGCGUCGUCACCCUGGCCAACAGGAAUGCCGGGUCCGGCCUCUUCCACGCCGAGAUCCUCUACGUCUACGACAUGGACAUGGACGUCUUGACCGGGUCCCGCGAAGACGGCCGGGCCGGAGGCCAGGCCGGAGGCGACGAGAGCGGGAGCAAGAGUCCCGCCGUCAGGCCCGAGCUCGGCUACGACGGCGAGGUCGAGGCCCUGGAGCUCAUGGGCCUGGACGAGAUCCGCACCCGCAUGGAGGCCGGCGAGUUCAAGCCGAACGUCUGCGCCGUCAUGAUCGACUUCAUGAUCCGGCACGGUCACGUCACGCCCGAGACGGAGGGCGAGGAGGCCUAUCUGGCCAUAUGCUCGAGGUUGAGGAGGAAUCUGCCCAUGGCUGUUGGACCUCUGGGAUUGUAG